AUGCAAGCGUUUCACCAAGCAUUGGCUUCGUCCAAACAUAUAGUUGCGGUAGCGGGGGCAGGGUUGUCUGCUGCAUCUGGUAUUCCUACCUUCAGAGGAGCGGGCGGAAUGUGGCGCAAAUACAAUGCGAUGGAACUUGCCACCCCCGAAGCCUUCGCACGAGAUCCGUCUACUGUUUGGCAAUUUUAUCACAUGCGCAGGGAAAAAGCGCUGCGGUGUUCUCCGAAUGCAGCACAUCAUGCAAUCGCACGACUUUCGGUCCCGAGUAUCCGCAACGCCAUAGCUCCUCACUCCACUUUUACACUUAUCACGCAGAAUGUCGAUGGUCUAAGCCAGCGCGCUCUGGAUGAGCUGCAAAAGGAACUGGCCAUUGCUAGUGAAGGAGUUUUACGUAUUGAAAGCGGCAUGACUGUCCUGGAUGGCGUGGACGACCCAGUAUUGAUCGAGAUGCACGGGAGGCUGUUUGAUGUGAAAUGCGCGAGAGGACGAAGGGGCGGCUGUGGUCAUGUUGAACUUGACUUUUCAAGCCCGAUAUGCGAUGCGCUGGCAGGGACGGAGAACGUCAUGGAGGAAAUUGAAGCUGGACCGAAUAUUCCAAGUAUCUUACUUCCCCGCUGCAGAGGUUGCGGAGAGCUAGCCCGGCCUGGCGUUGUGUGGUUCGGUGAAAGACCUCAACAUCUCACUACAAUUGACAAUAUAUUGGACACGGCCGACAUGUGUUUGGUGGUCGGUACCAGCUCGACGGUAAGAGCGUCUGUCAGACAGCCAUGUCUGCAAUAG